UCCGAUGCCAGGGCAUCAGUUUUGAGUUCAUUUCCGAGCCGCGUCGGCGAGCAAUGUUCCUGAAACGGAAAUGCCGCAAGAGAAACGCCAAUCGCCGGAGUCCAGGACGCAGCGCUUCCUCCAAACUUUGGUCAUCUUUCGGCGCAGCCUCAUCUACCAGACAAAGGAGUUCUUUCAGAACUCGACGCUUCAUGGAGUGCGAUACAUUGCCGAAUCCGGCCGGCCCAUCGGCGAGAAGUUCAUGUGGUUCUGCUUCACAUCCAUCGGUGCGGUCACCGCACUGGUCAUCAUCAUGAGUCUCUGGGAGAAGUUCCAGACCAAUCCGACCAUCACCGGUCUCGACACCGAUUUCCACAACCAGAACGUGGUCUUCCCCACCACCGUCGUCUGUCCGGAUACGGCAUUUGACCACGACAAGACUUACGAGAAGGUUUACAACACACUGGCUAACUACGACGAGGCGCAGGCCCAAAUGUAUACCCCGUUUCUGCGGCUUCUGACCUCCCUGAACUUCGACAGCAUUCGGGACGCCAAGAUGCUCUCGCAGUCGAUUCCGCAGAACCUGCUAGAUGCCCACACCAUCCGGGAGUGGGCCUUCGAGGGCCACAUUGAUUGCCAGAACGUCUUCGUGUCCUGCAAGUAUCGCGACGAGGACAUACCCUGUUGCGACCACUUCGAGCCCAUUUACACGGAGCACGGCUUCUGCUACGCCUUCAACAGUCGUUUCAAGUCCACGCCCACUGAGGACGUUAAGACCGGUGCACCUCAUGAUCUCUACGAAACCGACAAGAAGUGGGCGCUCUUCUUCAUACCCAACAGCACUUCAAGGAUCUAUAUCUUUUCGAACGAGGAGUACUUCGGUUCGGAUUUCAAUGCACAGAUCGAUUGGUCGGAACCGCAGCUGGUGGAGGUGAGGAUCUCCAAGAAGAACACCUACACCACGGACGAUGCUCGCCAGCUGUCCAUUGGCCAGAGGAAGUGCAUCUUCAGCGACGAGGUGAAGCUCAACUAUUUCCCAGAUGCCUACACAUUCUCCUCCUGCAUGAAGCAGUGUCGCAUGAACAGGGCCAUCAAGUUGUGCAAGUGCAAUCCGCCAUUCUAUAAGCCCAUACCUAAUGUGCCCAUGUGCUCGAUCAAGGACUUCGAUUGCCUCGAUGAGUUCAAGAGCAACAUUACCAACAUCAAGGAUUGCCUGCAAUGCGAGCUCAGUUGCUCGAAAACCGUUUUCAACAUUGAUAAGCUGAUAAAAAUGUCGGAUCGACCAGAGAGCUUGGGUGUGCUGGUGGAGUUUCUCACCUGGCCGAUCAUUCGCUAUAAACGUGAAGUUCUCUUCGGCUGGGUGGACCUGUUGGUGUCAUUUGGUGGAAUUGCCAGUCUUUUUCUCGGUUUUUCAUUGCUUUCCGGUGUGGAGAUUAUUUAUUACUUUACGCUGCGAGCCUGCUGCAUGGUCUAUAAAAAUCGGCAAGAUCUUUACGAGAUCGAGGAGAAAAUACGGCAGGAGCCGCCACCCAAAAUAGAUCUAAAACUGAGUUUAAGUUUACACAAUCCAAGGAUUGGAGACACGCCCACUUCGGCGGUGCUGAAAGUGAAACCGGCGGAGGAGUCCGUAGGACCAAAUCAAAGAAAACACGAAAAGGACUACUCCAUCAAUACAAAGAACUAUUAUAAAACACCCAAAGUUUUACCAGACUAUGGAUAUACAAAUAAAUCGAAAAACUCCUGGACAACUUACAAUACUUCUCAAUACAUGCCCUGAAACUUAAGCUUUUUAAAAAAAACAAUAUGAAAAUACAACUGCGAAGAAGCAAAAUAUUAUCAACGCUUCAGUAAUGUUAUGCCAAUUGAAAGUUCUUUAAACGAGAAAUGUACCAAAAACAUUUAAAAAAUAUAUUAAACACAUAGAUGUAGCUUAAAAUAGUCUCUAUUUCAAUUUGGCCUUUUGAUAUAUUUCUUAAAUGUUAUCAAAUAAAAAUUGAAUAAUGUAAUACAAUUAUUUUAAGCACAGCUGUACCCAAAAUAAUUGAGCAACAAAUACCUAGCCAUCAAUGAAUAUUCAUGUGCACCAGCUGUUGCGAAUGCAAAUACUCUUAUCAUGUAGUAAACUCUUUUUUUUUUCAAUAAAGAUAUG